CAUCCGUGGCAGCGUCCAGACUCCAGACUCCAGACCAGCUCUCACCACCGCGACAUCGCUGCUGUUGAUCUUCCCCUCCGUGCGAGAGUGGAUGUGGUGGAAGCUUCAGUGAUCUUUCCUUGCUCAGUGUGCGGAGCUAGCUUGCUACGUUCAGGCGCGGCUCCGGCCAGCCCUCCUUCAAGAUGCAGUCCUCCCCCAACAUGCUCACCAAGUUCGAGUCCAAGUCGUCCAGGGCGAAAGGAAUCGCAUUCCACCCCAAGCGGCCAUGGAUCUUGGUGUCUCUUCACUCGUCCACUAUCCAGCUAUGGGACUAUCGCAUGGGAACGCUCAUUGAUCGUUUUGAAGAACACGAUGGUCCCGUGCGAGGCAUUGACUUCCACAAGACUCAGCCGCUGUUUGUUUCGGGAGGUGAUGAUUACAAGAUCAAGGUCUGGAGUUACCAGACCCGGCGGUGUCUGUUCACUCUGAAUGGCCAUUUGGACUACGUGCGAACCGUCUUCUUCCACCACGAGUUGCCGUGGAUUCUGUCCGCGUCAGACGACCAGACUAUCCGGAUAUGGAACUGGCAGAACAGGUCCUUGAUCUGCACAAUGACCGGUCACAACCACUAUGUCAUGUCAGCCCAGUUCCAUCCGAAAGAGGACCUGAUUGCCUCUGCCUCCCUCGACCAGUCGGUCCGUAUCUGGGACAUCUCCGGCUUGCGGAAGAAGCACUCGGCGCCGACCUCGAUGACCUUCGAAGACCAGAUGUCCCGCGCCAACCCCAACCAGGCAGACAUGUUCGGAAAUACGGACGCGGUGGUUAAAUUUGUCUUGGAGGGACAUGAUCGUGGUGUGAACUGGGUUGCCUUCCACCCUACCCUGCCAUUGAUCGUCUCGGCGGGUGAUGACCGCUUGAUCAAGCUGUGGAGAAUGAGUGACACCAAGGCCUGGGAAGUCGAUACCUGUCGUGGUCACUUCCAGAACGCCUCAGCCUGUCUGUUCCACCCGCAUCAGGAUCUCAUCCUAUCCGUUGGCGAAGACAAGACGAUCCGGGUCUGGGACUUGAACAAGCGCACCUCGGUCCAGUCAUUCAAGCGCGAUCUGGAUCGCUUCUGGGUCAUUGCUGCCCACCCCGAAAUCAACCUGUUCGCGGCUGGCCACGAUACUGGUGUGAUGGUUUUCAAGUUGGAGAGAGAGCGCCCCGCAUCCGCCAUUUACCAGAACCAGCUCUUUUACAUUACCAAGGAGAAGCACGUCAAGUCGUACGAUUUCGCCAAGAACAUUGAAUCUCCCUCGAUGCUGUCACUGCGCAAACUGGGUUCCCCAUGGGUGCCGCCCCGCACUCUUUCCUAUAAUCCCGCUGAGCGGGCCAUUCUCGUGACCUCGCCUGCAGACAACGGCACCUACGAGCUGAUCCACCUCCCUCGGGAUGCCACCGGUGCUGUGGAACCGACCGACUCGAAGCGCGGCCAAGGCACCUCAGCUGUAUUUGUCGCUCGCAACCGGUUUGCCGUGUUCAACCAGUCUAGCCAGCAGGUUGAUAUCAAGGACCUGAGCAACUCCACUACCAAGACUAUCAAGCCCCCGGUUGGAACGACAGACAUCUUCUUUGGAGGAACUGGCUGCCUGCUCUUCAUCACUCCUACGUCGGUGGCUCUAUUCGACAUCCAACAGAAGAAGCAGCUGGCCGAGCUUGCCGUCAGUGGUGUCAAAUAUGUUGUUUGGUCCAAUGAUGGGUUGUAUGCUGCUUUGCUUAGCAAGCAUAAUGUGACUAUUGUUACCAAGACCCUCGAGCAAGUCAGCUCUCUGCACGAGACCAUCCGUAUCAAGAGUGCUACCUGGGACGAUGCUGGUGUGCUCCUGUACUCAACCUUGAACCAUGUUAAGUACUCUCUCCUCAAUGGCGAUAACGGCAUUAUCCGUACCCUGGAUCAGACAGUGUACCUGGUCCGGGUGAAGGGAAGGAACGUUUACUGUCUGGAUCGCAACGCUAAGCCCAGAAUCUUGGAAAUCGAUCCUACCGAAUACCGCUUCAAACUUGCCCUUGUCAAGAGAAACUACGACGAGAUGCUGCAGAUUAUCAAAAACUCGAGCCUGGUUGGCCAAAGCAUCAUUUCCUACCUGCAAAAGAAGGGCUACCCGGAAAUCGCUCUGCAAUUCGUGCAGGACCCUCAGACCCGUUUCGAGUUAGCCCUUGAGUGCGGUAACCUGGAUGUCGCUAUUGAGAUGGCCAAAGAGCUGGACCGCCCCAAGCUCUGGGACCGACUUAGCACCGAGGCUUUGGCUCAUGGCAACCACCAGACCGUGGAGAUGACCUACCAGAAGCAGCGUAACUUCGAAAAGCUUUCAUUCUUAUAUCUGGGGACCGGUGACCAGGAAAAGCUCUCCCGGAUGGCUAAGAUCGCCGAGCACCGGGGAGACUUCAUCUCGCGCUUCCAGAACGCGAUCUACCGUGGUGAUGUGGAAGACCGGAUCCAGAUGUUCAAGGAAGUUGAUCAGUACCCUCUCGCCUAUUUGACUGCGAAGUCUCAUGGCCUGACAGAGGAGGCUGAGUCUAUCCUCGAAGCCUGUGGCCUCACCGAAGAACAGAUCAGUCUGUGCACGGUUGAUGAGCCCUUGCAAGUCCCCCGUCCCAUUGUCCCAACCUUCAAGUCCAACUGGCCCGUGAAGGCUGCCGCCCACUCCUCCUUUGAGAAGGCUCUUCUCGGAGAAGUCGGAGCAGCCGGCGAGGAUGCUGCUGCCAACGGCUAUGAUAUUGAGGAAGAGGAGGAGGAAGCCGCAGCUGUUCACGACGCUUUAGAAGAAGAGGAUGAGGACGUCGCUGGAUGGGACAUGGGUGAAGAGAUCAAUGUCGAGGAGGACGUCGACUUUGUCAACGUCGACAGUGUCGAGGGAGGUGCAGGAAGCUCCGAGGCCGACCUCUGGGCUCGUAACUCCCCGCUUGCCGCCGAUCAUGUGGCUGCCGGCUCCUUUGACACUGCGAUGCAACUGCUGAAUCGCCAGGUCGGUGCUGUCCACUUCGCUCCUCUCAAGCCUCGAUUCCUCGAGGUGUACAAGGCAACCAAGACCUACCUUCCCGCCACUGUUAGCCUGCCUCCUCUAGUGAACUAUGUUCGCCGGACCGUCGAGGAGACGGAUAGCCGGAAAGUCCUUCCGAUUAUCCCUCGGGAUCUGGAGACCAUUGCCAACGACGACCUGCAGAGGGGAUACGCUGCAAUGCGGGCGAACAAGCUGGAAGAAGGCGUGGAAAUUUUCCGAGGUAUUCUGCACACCCUUCUGGUCAACACCGUCUCCUCCGAGGCCGAGGUGGAACAAGCGAAGAAGAUCAUCGCCACUGCUAGGGAAUACAUUCUUGCCAUGUCGAUCGAACUGGAGCGUCGUCCCCUGCCGGUAGACACGCCCGAGGGCUUGAAGAGAAGUCUAGAGCUCUCUGCCUACUUCACGAUGCCCAAGUUGGAGGUUGCCCACCGCCAGCUUGCCUUGAUCUCUGCCAUGAAGUUUGCCUUCACCAACCGCAACUAUUCUUCUGCUCUCAGCUUUGCCAACCGCAUGCUAGCCAACGGAGGCUCUGCCAAGCUUCUCGAUCAGGCCAGGAAAAUUAAAGCGCAAUGCGAGCGCAACCCGCAAGACGCCAUCGACAUCGAGUUCGACCAGUUCGCUGAGUUCGACAUCUGCGCCGCUUCCCAUACCCCGAUCUACACCGGCUCUCCCAGCGUCACCGAUCCGUUCACCGGUGCCAAGUACCAUGAACAGUACAAGGGCACUGUGUGCCACGUAUCUCAAGUGACUGAGAUUGGCGCCCCGGCGAGCGGACUGCGGCUAUUCGUGCCCAGCCAGAACUGAACCGGGUUGACGGAUUGUUACGUUCAAACCCCUGCUUCCGAAUCCCUGAAACGCAAACAAAAAAAGAACCCCCCCCCCCCCCC